AUGGGGAGCCCACCGGCCAAGAUGAAGUUUUGCCCCGUGCACAUGCUCUCUGUAAGGAUCAUACAAGCGAAGAACAUCAAGUCAAGAGACCUGUGGACAGUUCCACUUUCCUGCCAAAGCCUUGCGGGGCAAUGUUAUUCACUGCUCGAUACCAGUCUGAAGUAUUUAGGCAUCUCGGGCUGCAGUAGACAUCUUCAGUCAAGUCCUGACUCCAGCUCUGAAAGACACCACCUUGGAGAUUUCCUUUCCCACCGUUGCCAAGCUUCACAAAUGACGGCGUCCGACUGCUACGUGCGCUUGUGGCUGCCAUCUGCCUCAAACAGAAAGCUUCAGACCAAAACUGUCAAGAACUCUGACAACCCUGUCUGGAAUGAGACUUUCUACUUCAGGAUCCAGAGAGAAGUUGAGAAUGUUUUAGAAUUGGCAGUGUGUGAUGAAGAUCCACUCACCAAAGAUGACACACAGUUCACAGUUCUUUUUAAUCUUGCUAGAGUCAGACCUGGGGAGAUAUUCCGUGAGACAUUUGCUUUGAAAUCAGAGAAGGAGAGGUGCAUUAAGAAAUGGGAAAGUCUGGAAGUGGAAUUCUGGAUGGAAAGAAUCCCUGGCCCUCCAGAGCACCUCAUCACCAACGAUGUCCUAGUGUCCCGGGAGGUUUGCUGCUUGGAAGUGCAAGUGGGCAUUCAUGAAAGCAGGAGGUAUUUGAGAGAGGGUAAGAAUCUCGUGUUUACCGUGCCUGCAUCCCAUGAGGGAACACAGAAAACUACAGAGGACACAGACACUUUCUACUUCCAUUGUGUGAAGGCUUGGGAGCCAGUUCUGCAAGCCAGGCUGCAGAAAGUUUCUGAUAAAGAAGACGACAACAGCAAUCUAAGUGACACCUUAACAGUACCCCUGAAGUUUCUCCCUCUGGGACACAAAGUGAAAGUAACCCUCCCUGUGAGACACAAUGUGCCAUUGCAGUUUUACCUCCAGCUAAAUGAUUGCACAGAGAGCCUGGACGUGCGCUUCGGGUACGAUCUGUGCCGGGGAGAGCAGGACUUCCUGCAGAAGAGGAAGAGGGUGGUUGCCAGUGGCCUGAAGAGGGUUCUUCACCUGGAGAGAGAUCUACAUGGGCACGAGGUCCCAGUAAUAGCUGUUAUGGCAACAGGAGGAGGCCUCAGAGCAAUGUCAGCUAUGUUUGGCCACCUCUUAGCCCUUCAGAAGCUAAAUCUCUUGGACUGUGUUACCUAUCUCACCGGGGCUUCUGGCUCAACGUGGACCCUGGCAGACCUGUAUGAGGACGCUGACUGGUCACAGAAGUCUCUGGAGGGGCCACUUAGGGCAGUAAAACAACAAGUGACAAAAUGCAAGCUCGACCUUAUGUCUGUAGAGCAUCUGAAGUAUUAUCACAAGGAGCUGGCUGAGAGGGCAAAAGCGGGACACGUGUCGUCUUUUACCACUCUGUGGUCGCUGGUCCAGGAGAUGUUCUUACAUGAGAGGCCAAGAAAGUACAAGCUGACGGACCAGCGCAGGGCGUUGGAGCACGGGCAGAACCCGCUGCCCUUCUAUGCAGUCCUCAACGUCAAAGAGGAAAAGUUCAGCACUUUCCAAUUUAGAGAGUGGACACAGUUCUCUCCUUACGAGGUGGCCAUACCAAAGUACGGAGCCUCCAUCCCUUCAGAGUACUUUGACAGCGAGUUCUUCAUGGGAAGGCGAGUCAAGAAGCUGCCAGAAUCUCGCAUCUGCUAUCUGGAAGGUCUUUGGACAAACAUCUUUACCAGGAAUUUGCUGGAUGGCUUGUACUGGUCCUCAAAUGCAAACGAAUUCUGGCAACGAUGGGCCCAAGACAUGGUAGAUAUAGAAAAGCAUUGCCCAGAGGAGGAUGUCACUGUCAUCGAGCCUCCCUCGUGUUUGUCGGGGAAGCUGUAUGAAAUGUUUCAGGACAUCAUGACCAAGCGCCCGCUGCUGGCAAAGUCUCACAACUUCCUGAGAGGCUUAGAGUUUCAUAAGGAUUAUAUCCAUCAGAAGAAGUUUAAUGAAUGGAAAGACACCGUGCUGGAUGGCUUCCCCAACAGCCUGACGCCGCUGCAGAAGUACCUGUGCCUGAUAGAUGUUGGCUAUUUCAUCAACAGCAGUGGUGCAGCACUUUUCAAGCCAGAGAGGAACGUGGAUGUCAUUAUCUCACUGGAUUAUGGUUUGGGGAACGUCUUCAAGCAAUUAGAGAUGACAUACAAGUAUUGCAAGAUACAGAAAAUCCCAUUCCCCAAAGUGGAGCUAAGUGAAGAAGAUGAGAAGAACCCCAAGGAAUGUUACAUCUUCUCAGAUGCAGAGGACCCCAGGGCACCCAUAGUAAUCCACUUCCCCCUGGUGAAUGACACCUUUAAGGAAUUCAAGGAGCCUGGGGUAAAGCGAGAUCUCUCAGAGAUGGAAGAAGGCAAAGUCAAUCUGGAGAGCAGCUGCUCACCUUAUUACCUCAUUAGGCUGAUCUACUCCUCAGAAAAUUUUGACAAGCUGGUGAACCUGAGCAAGUACAACAUCCUCAAUAACAGAGAGCUGCUCCUGCGGGCGAUCCGCAGCGCCGUGGAGCGGAGGAGGCGCAGCAGGACUGCGAAUCUGCCCAGCUACUCUGGAGCUGGAUACCUUUAG